CUAUCUCUUAUAGACAUGGAGCAGUCGGUCAUUGAGGAUGUAGUCGCCAAUAUGGGUUUUACUAUACCCCAGUUGACCACCUGCUGCUGUGGCUGUUCUUUGCGGACUGGGACGAAGAUCAUCGGCUGGCUCAGCCUGAUAUGUGGCAUCUUGAUGGUCAUACUGAUGGGAACCAGCUUGACAGCGUUGUAUUACUUAGAAGAUCACCCAGAGAAGACACCUUCCCCAGAGUCAAAAGAAAUCCUAGAUCAUUUGCCUGCGUUGAAGGCUCUGGCUAUGUUUCUGAUUGUCGUUCACAUCCUGACUUGCGGUCUGGCCUUCAUUCUGCUUUUGGGAGCCUAUCAGAACAAAGCUAAGUUUGUGCUGAUCUGGGUGGUUGUCUCGCUGACUGCUGAAAUAAUGGAACAGGCUCUCAACUUAGCCCAAACACUGACAGUGAGCCAGGGCGGAAUCUUCUACUUCAAUUUCAUUUAUUUCGUGAUCGAUCUGUAUUUCAUCCUGGUCGUGUACAGUUUCUACAGGGAGAUCAAGAACGUCUCCACUUAUCCGUAGAUGUGAACCAAGUGUAACCUGCCUCAAACAUUGCAUUUUGUCUAUCUUAUUAAGGAUUUGAUUAAUUUAGUAUAAAAAUAUGUAAAAUCUGAAAAGUAUUUGUAUAAUAUCAUGUCAGUUAGUUUUCACUGAUGAUGAUUGUUAUUUUAACAUUGUAACUGAGAAGAGGAAGUACAAUUAAGUAUAUUUUUGUAACUUAGAUAUAAAAUAAUUUUAAGGCUGAUUAAAACUGUCGACUUAAUCAGCAUUGUACAGUAACUGUGUGUUUGAUAAUUUCGUUUGUAUUGUUACCGAGAAGAAAAUAAAAUCUUGUUUGGUAGAA